UCAUUCAGUUCAAACAGUUGUAAGUGUUAAAGUUGUGCAAUGUUUAUAAUAUUUAUUUUCUGCUAUUAAACAAGUGAUUUUUGCCUCUUCAGUUAUAAAAUCCAUUUUUUAUCUAAAAUAUGAUUUUCAUUUUUAACCAUCAACUUUUAACUAAUAAUAAACAAUGUUAAGAACAUUAAAAAUUCUCCUUAUUAUUUCGUCCGGUGCUGUUUGCCUACAAGUACAGAAUGUAACACUGAAUAAUUUUGAAAACGGAUUGCGAUUAAAUUUUACAUUCUUUGAAUUAAAGGAAAGAUGUAGUUUAAAAGUUCCAAACAUAAAUGACAUUCUUAAAAGUGCAAAUAAUGAAUUUUCUAAAAAAUUGUCAAAAAUUUCAAACCAACUGUGGGAUCUCAGUGUGCCGGAAGUCGAUGUAUAUUCGAGGGGGGAAAGUCCGUCUCAUCAAUUAUUAAAAUCACGUUGUAAUGAAGAAUCGGGACUGGGAAAAGUUUUUGAAAAUUUAUUAAAAGUUGUUCAACUAUGUUUUGAAAACAGUUUACAAUUAACGAAUAGCGAUAUUAAAGCCUUUUCACUAUCAGCUGCAUCUCAAAUCUGCUCCUAUAUUGAAUUAGAUUCGCUUUUAACAAUGACAGACAAAGAAUGUGUUGAGAAAAUUAAUGACAAUAAGCAAUGUUUUACUUCUAUUAAUAAUAUGACUGGCAAUUAUAACUCAUCAAUAUAUAAUAUCAUGUUAAACUUAAAACUUGAACAUAAGCCUGAGGACUGCAGUAUCUUUUCAAAGAUCUGGGAUUGUCAAAAAAAUGUUAUAGAAUCGUGUAAAAACUCUUCAGGACAGAUGCACGAAAUGUGGAUGGAAAUCAGACAUUCAUAUUUAGGAUGUAAUUUGGAGAGAUCAACAUUUACAGAUAGUCGAUCAAGAAUAUUUGAUGUUGAGAAAAGAAGAUUCAAUUUUACGAUUCCGGAAUUGAUUAGAGUUUGUAAGUCAAAGGGAAUCGAUUUAAAGGAAAACACAAAACACGCGGAUUUUCACGUGUUCGAUAUAUUUUUGGUGUGCAGCGGAAAAGUAAAUUUACAGAAUUUUGAAGCACUUCCUGACGAAGUGAUAAACUGCAUGAAAAAGCACUGCUAUCAAAAUUACACACUUCAUGCCUCUUUUGAGAAAAUUAUUGACUCCAUUCAAUUUUGCUACAAUGAUGUGGAUCAAAUUAGUUUGCAGGAGAAACAAAAUUUGGCUCAAUCGUCAGUAAAGGCUUUUUGUGACAAAAUGCUAAUGGGUGAACUAGCUUUCCACGAUUCCGCAAGCACUCAUCGAAGCUGGAAAAACUGUUACGAAAAGCUUGAAAAUCCAGAAGACGAGUUGACUAAUUUUUUUGUUCUCCUAAGUGUACCUCACAUUUUCACUCAAAAGCAGUGCAGUUUUUACGCCGGAUUCUUCGCAUGUGCACGAAAUGAGUUUGAAAAUUCAAGCCAAGAAACAAAAAGUGCUAUUGAAGCUGUUAGACUGAGUUUAUCCAACUGCGACUGAUUAUUGCGGUGGCAUUUAAACAAUUCAAUGGAAAUUAUUAUUAAUAACAUUUUCCUUUAGAAAACUAGAAUAAUUAAUUAAAAAAGUGGGACUUUUAAAAUGGAUUAAACUGAGAUGAAUUAAUUCAUAAUUUCUUAAUAAAAUAAUUUUGUAUAUUUUAAAA